UCAGUUUUCAAACACAGGCUGCGGAAAAGAAAGAAAAGAAAAUCCCAGUCGACGGGCGAAUGGGAAAAAAAUUAAAAGAGGACGGUCGAAGGAAGCCCUAAAAUCUGGCACUGCCCCAGAAACAAAGAGAGCACAUAGGGAGGUCUCAUGGCGACGGCCCUCCGACCUGCUUCUCCUGCUGCCGGCUAUCUUCUGAGACCGCUUUCUGAUAUUGAGGAGCCAUCACAUGGUUUCACACAAAAGUUAAAGCUUGCAGUGUAUAAGAGGCACUCAUCCAGUUGCCAAAUAAGAGUCAGAGCAAGUUCCAAGGAUCUAAACAUAGUAGAAAUCCCUAACCGAUGGUAUAAUCUUGUUGCUGACCUCCCACUGAAACCUCCUCCAGCUCUGCAUCCAAAGACGCACAAGCCACUAAAAUUUGAAGACUUGUCGCCCCUUUUCCCAGAUGAGUUGAUUAAGCAAGAGGUGAGUAAUGACAGGUUCAUUGAUAUCCCAGAUGAAGUUAUUGAUGUCUAUAAGCUCUGGCGACCGACGCCUCUGAUUAGAGCUAGGAGACUGGAGAAGCUGAUCGACACCCCAGCAAGAAUCUACUACAAGUAUGAGGGCACUAGCCCAGCUGGUUCACACAAACCCAAUACUGCACUCCCACAAGUCUGGUAUAAUGCUCAACAAGGAGUGAAAAAUGUUGUAACUGAAACUGGUGCUGGCCAAUGGGGCAGUUCUUUGGCCUUUGCAUGCAGUCUAUUUGGACUCAACUGUGAGGUCUGGCAGGUCCGUGUAUCCUAUGAUCAAAAACCUUAUAGGAAACUGAUGAUGCAAACUUGGGGAGCCAAAGUGCACCCAUCACCAUCUGGUGUAACUGAUGCAGGAAGGAAAAUCCUCGAGACAGAUCCUUCAAGCCCUGGUAGUUUGGGUAUAGCAAUCUCAGAAGCUGUAGAGGUUGCAGCUACACAUGCUGACACCAAAUAUUGUUUGGGAAGUGUUUUGAAUCAUGUCCUGCUACACCAAACUAUCAUUGGUGAGGAGUGUCUAAAACAGAUGGAAGCAGUAGGUGAGACACCAGACAUGAUCAUUGGCUGCACUGGUGGUGGGUCUAAUUUUGCGGGUUUGGCAUUUCCAUUCAUUCGAGAAAAGUUAAAUGGAAAGAUAAAUCCAAUUAUAAGAGCUGUGGAGCCUGCAGCAUGCCCUUCACUUACCAAAGGCAUUUACACCUAUGAUUAUGGUGACACGGCAGGGAUGACACCAUUGUUGAAGAUGCACACCCUUAGGCAUGACUUUGUUCCUGACCCAAUUCAUGCAGGUGGCCUGCGCUACCAUGGAAUGGCUCCACUAAUUUCACAUGUUUAUCAACUGGGUUUUAUGGAAGCUGUUGUGAUACCUCAGACUGAAUGCUUUCAAGCUGCUUUACAAUUUGCCCGUACAGAGGGUCUGAUUCCAGCUCCAGAACCAACUCAUGCUAUAGCAGCCACAAUUAGGGAAGCAUUACAUUGCAAAGAGACGGGAGAAAGAAAAGUUAUUCUGAUGGCUAUGUGUGGUCAUGGUCACUUCGAUCUAACCGCGUAUGAGAAAUAUUUGCAAGGGGAUAUGGUUGAUUUAUCAUACUCCAGUGAGAAGGUACAAGCAUCUUUAACUGCUGUGCCCUAAGUCAUACCCUAGAAUAUUAGGAUCCGACUGCAAAUUAUUGCUAACAGAAUAAGAUAUUAUGAGUGAAUGCUGAAAAUUAUUUAUUGCAUGGCUGAUUGAACAAGCUAAAGUGCUAAUACCUGAACUCAUUUCUCAUGCCUUGGGCUUUCAUUGGUUUUCUUCUGAUAUCAAAUCACAUUGUUUGCCCCAACUGAUUUCAGCUUAUAUAAGCUCUAAUUUUCUUCUCACCA